UCAUCCACCAUCAAAACCCGUGAUCGGUCAUUUCUGCUCAUUGGCAUGCUGCUUCAGCUUCAAAAUUUCAUUCAGUAGACACAUCAAUCUCUACAUCCCUCAAUUAUCGCUACCCCGGAAAUAUUUUUACGGUGACCAAGAUGUAUUUCGCGUGGUGUGUUGCCCUUUUCUUCGUUUCGACUGGCUUUGAGCACAUCGUUCCUGGAGUUUAUUCUAGAGAAGUAGAUAUCUUUUUUAACGAAGGAAACGUUCACCAGCCUGGCUGUUGCCAUCACCAGCUGAACGACGAUGAGUUGCUGACAGAAGAAUUGCUGCGAAAGGAUGAAUUUUCCUCCCCGGAGCAGCGGAUUCGCCGCGAAUUGCUGCGCCAGUCCGACGAAAUUUCCUCCCCGGAUGCGUGUCUGCUGAGUGAGCUGAGACGCAGAGGUGCCAACGACCUUUCCUCUUCUGACCUGCGCAGCCAUCGCGACAUUUUGCGCAAGAAUGACCUUUCCUUGGCUGAACUGCGCCUGUUACAGCGUGAACUGCGCAGAGAAGCUGCCGACCUUUCCACCGUGAAUAUGCGUACCAAAUUGGAGAAACUAUGUCCCUUGUUGGAUGUUUCGUCGCCGUCGGAUCUGCGCGAUGUGAAAGUGCUGGGACGUAGUCAGACUACUGUGAUCAAACGACAAGUCGAAGAAGAAGACGCAGAAGAAGAAGAGGAGACAGAGCAACCCAAGAAGUCACAGAAGAAGUCUCUGAAUAAGUCGCAAAAGAAGUCUCAAAAGAAGCAGUCGCAGAAAAAGCAGAAAGCGGAAGCUAAGAAGAAGCCUGCUAAAUCCAGCAAGUCGUCCAAGAGUAAAGGAAAAUCCUCAGCGAAGAAAGGGAAGAAAGACAAGAAACAACGAUAAGCCUAUAGUCCUUGGUCUCGUGCUGUGAUAAUUUUAUUCGGCUAGUUGGCCAGUACACAAUGACAAUAUGCCUGCGCAGAUUUACACUAAUUAAAAUUUUUUAAAACUGUUUUUGAUUAUUCUGGUUUUCUUUGCACGCGUUUAUGCGGAUGCUGGCGCAGUAUUUGUGAUGCCUGAUGGUUUAAUGCUGUUUCGGUGAUAUUUUUCCUGAAUUUUCGGUUGAGUUGUAUCUAUCGAAUAAAGUCAUAAACCGAG